AUGAUGAAUAAUUCAAAUUAUUACGACCCAUCCAAUAGUUACGGUUACGGACAAACAACUCCAAUUUCUUACGGACAACCUCCUCUUUAUGCCAAUAACAGCAACAAUACCCGUAUGAACAGUAGCGUCGUGUAUGGCGUACAACCACAACCAAACAAUAAUAAUAACAACAAUCCGAUGGUUGGAUCAAAUACCAAUACUACCACUCAAAGACCUCAAUCUUCCAAUACAAAUAACAGUAAUACCAAUAAUAACAACAACUCUUCAAGACAAAACAAUCCAAUGAGAAGCUCAACAACCUCCACUCCACCCUCCUCCAAUCAAAGACCACCAGUGCCACAUUAUCAACCACCUCCACCACCACCUCACAAUUUUCCCCCACAAACUAAUCUGCCAACUACCUCUGUUAUACUUCCACCUGGUAGUUCAUACAGCCAGCCUGUGUUGAUUAUUCCAUCCACAACAGCAACAACAACAACUCAACAGCCACCAACAUCAACUCCCUAUACUCAACCAUUAUCCUCUCAACAACAGAAUGAGGCUAUUCAUAUGCUUGUUCAAACAGUUCAACAACAUUUGGAACAAACGAAGCAAUGGAAAUUGGCAAUCGAUGAACAAAUUCAAUAUAUGGAUCUGAAAUUGUCUGCAAUCUUGGAUUUUGUCAAGAAACAAGAUCCAUCUGCCGUGAGAGAAUUGGAGAAUUAUGAAAGAUUGAAAAACAAGAACUCAACUGCAAAUCAAACCAACCUCAACACCACUACUACUACUGGCAACAACAAUAACUCGAAUAACAUUUCACCAAUGACAAACCAGCCACCACAACAAAAUUCACAAUCGAUGAACAUAAACCAAAAUUUGAAUUCCAACUUGAAUGCGUCGAUCAACAAUGGAUAUUCAGCCUACACUGGCUUUUCAAACCUAUCAAGCUACCAGAACUCAGGCUCUAUUCCACUUGGUGGCCAAUCUCAGUAUCAACCCUCUCAAUCAAUCGUCUCUCCACAACGUGACAUCACGGUAAAUAAGGACACAGAAAAGAAUAAGGGGUUCUCUAUGGAAAGUAACAAUGUCAUGAAUCCACCUUCUUCUUAUAUGAGAUCGACCACUAAUUUUAAUCCAUCUUCUUACACUGAAUAUAAUCAAUAUCCAAAAACAUCUUCCCAAAGUUACUCUCAACCAACCCAAAAUAUGCAACAAAUCAAUAACUUGGAUCAAGAAUUGGACGAGCUCGAUAGAGAAUUAUCACGACCUACUUUCUCUCAAAACAAGGAACCAAACAAAGAUUUUGAAAGUGAUGUUCAGGUUAUUUGUAACUUGGGAUUUUCUGAGGAUACGGCAAGAAAUGCAAUGCUAAGAUGUGGAAAUCGAGCUUCUGCCAUUAAUUAUUUGUUGGACAUUAACACUCAACACUAA